AUGGCUUCCCUAGCGACGGCAUGCCGUCUUUCGGCCAGGCUAAUCGCCCGGAGAGGGCCCGCCGAUGCCUCAAUUCGAGGUUUCACCACAUCCACACGAUGCCUCGUUACGCAAAAUUUUACCAUGCCGGCCCUUUCGCCGACCAUGACGGAGGGAAAUAUUGCCACCUGGAAGGUUAAGGAGGGCGAGUCGUUCGCUGCUGGCGACGUGCUGCUCGAGAUCGAGACCGAUAAAGCCACCAUGGACGUCGAGGCCCAAGAGGAUGGGAUGGUCGCCAAGAUUAUCGCCGGAGAUAACUCCAAGGCUGUUCAAGUCGGCACACGAAUUGCCGUCAUUGCUGAACCGGGCGAUGAUCUGUCUUCCCUCGAGAUCCCGGCCGAGGAACCCGCCGGACAACAGCAGCCUCAGUCGUCCUCCAAGGAGGAGACCAAGAGCGAGAGCAGCCCCGAGGGAAAGCCGGCGUCGCUCCCUUCCGACGGAAAGAAACACGAGCAAAAAUACCCUCUUCUCCCCUCCGUCCAGCACCUGGUCCACCUCCACAACAUCGACCCCGAAACCGUCUCCCGCAUCCCCCCAACCGGACCCCAGGGCCGCCUCCUCAAGGGCGACGUCCUCGCCUACCUCGGCACCAUCAACGCCGCCACCCCGGCCACGAUCACCGAGCGUUUCACCAAGCUCUCGCACCUCGACCUCAGCAACAUCAAGGUCGCCGCCGCCAAGGUCAAGGCGGAGACGAAAGCGGAGGCCGCACCCACCCCGGCAGCCGCGGCGGAACAACCUCCCACCCCGGAACCAGACUCCGAGGUCGUCGUGCCCCUCUCCCUCGCCAAGGUCGCCGAGACCCAGCGCCGCAUCCAGGACACCCUGGGCGUCUACCUGCCCCUGGCCACCUUCGUCGCCCGCGCCGCCGAGUUCGCCAACGACGACCUGCCCCCGUCCGCCCGCCCGCCCACCGCCGACGAGCUCUUCAACCAGGUCCUCGGCCUCGACAAGCUGCAGCCGCGCGGCACCUCCCGCGGCUUCUACCUCCCGCAGGUCGAUGCGCUGCCCCAGUCUGCCAUCCGCGCCGCCGCCGCCGCCGCGCCCCGCAGCAAAUCUGCCGACCUUAUCGACAUACUCGCCGGCACUGCCAAGAAGACGAAGCCUGCUUCCGCUGUAACCGGCUUGUCUCAGAAUGACACGAAUGUCGUCAGCGUGACCGUGCCCAAGGGCGACGAGAAACGGGCGAGGGUCUUCCUGGAGAGGGUCAAGGUGAUUUUGGAGCAGGAGCCGGCGAGGCUCGUCUUGUGA